AUUUUUCUUCACCAAGUCGAUCUGCUGGGACGUAUUCCGUCUUUCAAAAUCUGCCGCCGGUGUUCUCUUGGCCAGCACCAACUCUGGUGCCGCACGUUACCUUGGAUCUGCCACCCUUCUCGACUGGAUCAUUCGCAGGGGCCACGUUCGUUGGCUCUCCGGGGGUGUCAUCUACCUUACCACCUCCUCGGACCACCGUUGGCAGCCCUACAGCGUCCCCCUUGGUAGAACUCGCCACCACCAUCUCUCAUGUGGCAACCAAUGUCACCAAUAUUGUUACUACCAAGCUUCUUGCGGUUAAAGAUUAUACUACAUGGAGGACCCAGUUUGAAUCUUUUCUUGUCUCGCAAGCUCUCCUUGGCAUGGUAGAUGGUUCUAUUCAGGUACCUCCUCCUUAUUCCAUAGAUGUUCUAAACCGUCAAUCUCCCAAUCCCGAAUUUUCAAUUUGGCUAAGAAUUGAUCAAACAAUUCGUUCUUGUUUAUUUGCAACUUUAUAUCGUGAUGUUCUUAUUAAUGUUCGGGAGUUAAAACAUUAUUAUCAAAUUUGGGAGAGGUUAGAAUCUCGAUUUAUGUCAGCUAGUUUAGCUAGAUCUAUGGAAUUAAAGAGGUUGUUUUCUCAAAUUAAAAAGAAACCUGAACAGUCCAUGGAUAGAUACUUACGGGAGAUAAAAUCUUUAUUUGAUGAUCUUGCUACAAUUAAUUGCCCCGCAUCGUCUCGUGAGUUGCUUAAAAUUACCAUUAUGGGGUUGGGUCCUGAGUAUGAAUCUUUGUUGACCACUGUCUCAUUGUCCCCUCAAAAUUUCCCGUUUGAAACACUCCGUAAUCAUCUACUUGAGCAAGAACAGCGGGUACUGUAUCCCGGAUCCCAGGACUCUUCCUCCAUGCAUCACGCGUUUGCAGCUUCUGCUCCUUACUCCAGUUCGCAAACUGGCCCACAACAGGGCGGGUCCCAUCAGGUUCAGCAACCACCGGUCGGAAAGCAACAACAACCUCGGUACUCGGCUCAGCAACAUCAACCGCAACGUGGACGUGGUCGCGGGAGAGGUCGUGGUUGGAUAUGCUUCACAUUUAGGGGGUGUGCCAUCUACGAGUACUGUUAUUUGUCAUUCCACCAUCACCUGUCCAUCUCAUUUUUCUCCUUCGAUCGUCUGCUCCAGCUUUGUUGACUACUCCUGGAGAAUCUAAUUCCGCCUUAUGGUAUCCUGACUCCGGAGCUUCUGCUCAUAUGACCGCAUCUGAAAGUAUUUUAUUCAAUAAAUCCUGUUUACAAUGGCUAUAAUUCGGUUAGUGUUGUUAAUGGUGCCCAUUUACCCAUUUGUCAUAUUGGUGUUGUUUCAUUACCUUCUUCUGGUCGUCCUCUCACAUUAAAAUCUGUUUAUCAUGUGCCUCAGUUAAAAUAUAAUUUAAUUUCAAUUCAACGGCUUUGCGCAGAUAAUAAAAAAAAUUCUUUUUUGAUUAAGGACAAAGCCUCGGGGGCGGUGCUUCUUCGAGCUACCGGUAGUGGACCACUCUACCCUAUCAGCCUGCCAUCAUCUUCAUCAGUAGUUUUAGCUUCUAUUAGCAUCUGACCCUGUGCGGCACCGUAGAUUAGGUCAUUGCGGUGACAAUAUUUUACAGUUUCUCAAAUGCAAACAAUUUUUAUGUAGUCAUUCUCCGUUUACUCAUGAGUGUGUGGCUUGUCGUUUAGGAAAAUCACAACGUUUUCCCUUUGUGGAUGCUAGUCAUUAUUCUUCUUGUCCUCUUCAAAUUAUUCAUUCUGAUGUAUGACAAUCCCUUGUUCUUUCUAAUUUUGGGUUCAAAUAUUAUGUCUGUUUUAUUGAUGAUUACUCUCGUUUUACAUGGAUUUAUCCCAUGCGCCUUAAGAGUGAAGUUUUUAUGCACUUUAAAAAUUUUAAAGCUUUGGUUGAAAAUCUUUUAAAUCAGAAAAUUAUAAAAUUUCAAAGUGAUGGAGGUGGUGAAUUUGUUAAUCAUAAUAUGCAGCAAUUUUUCUCAUCAAAUGGCAUUUAUUUUCAAAAAUCU